AUGGCCACCACCACUCGCCACCCCACAGUUCACGGGCCACCAACGCCCAGACUCGAUCUACCACCACACACCCCACCCACAGGACCAGCACGGCCAUACACUGUGCCCACUUCACUACCUACGCCUCCGUCGUCGAUUCAAAAGUAUUCGAUAGACUUGCGACGAGCCAUCAGCGCCAGGUUCGAGGCAGUUUCGCUUGCCGGCCAUGACGCACGUCUUCCACCAGACGCGGCCCACGAUCCAGACUAUGGCUACGACGAGGACCCGUUCGACACGCGCGCAAAACUUCUUCUGUCACUCGGCGACCAGGACAUCCCACCAUUACCCAGUGGCGUUCGGCCGGUGCGCCGCGUCCUGUCCCUGGGCGACGACGACGGCGAUGACGAUGACCACCACCACCACAACCACAACAAUAACCCGAGUGGCCACCCGUUGCGUAAGAGUCUUGAAGCACCGGCCGCUAUCUCCUCGGGGCCGAAUCCUCCGCCAAACGAGAUGCGUCUCGACUCACCACCCCUGUCGCUACCACCGAUGCGUACAGCGUUCACACGGCCGCGCUCCGUGUCAAUGGUUUCGAUUGCCUCGUCGUACGACGACGACGACGAGCUGAUGGUCGACACGCCCGGAUCCAUGGUUAGCCUCGCUUCCGAGGCAAGCUUCGAGGCUGGCCGCGAUUCCGACUAUCUCGAGGCGUAUGGCGAGGAGACGAUCACGCGGACGCCACCGCGUCCACGCCCCUCGUCACGUCCCAGCUCGCGCCCCACGUCGAUGCUCUUUGACACGGUCACCAACGCACUACGCCCCCUUACACAGCUCCCUGGUACGGGUAACCAUAACCGUGUCCAGGCGCUCCAGUCGUCGCGACGCCCGACACUCGGUCGGAGGCAGCGCUCGCGCUCCAGACCAUACCCCGACGCCACCGACCCCUGGGACGAAGCUACUGCCAUGGGCCGCACUCCAAGUGAAACGAUGAUCCUGGCAGCUGGCUUUGCAUCGCAGCGCGGCCGUGCGACGACGCGCUGCCCUGGUGGAGUCAUCUAG